CCUCGUGGCCUUUAUUUUUUUCAUGGCUGCAGUACUCCCAACAGCUCACCUUCAAACCGUGGGCUCUGACUGCAACGGAAAAACAUUCCUUUGCACAGACGAUCUACACUAUCAAAUCUGUUCGCCCUCGUCUUCUACCGAAGGAACUGAAACGACGGACUUGCAAGUCUAUGAAUGCGAUACUUCGCAAUACUGCAGCAACGCCAAUACAGACGCAUGCAGUUCAUCAGCUUCUUCCACAUCGACGGCCACAACUCUUGUCAGUUCAACAACAUCCUCGGAAACCGUGUCCCAGUCAUCGACCACCGACAAUGGCAGCUCGACGACAUCCUCCACAAGUUCUUCAAGUUCAACAACCAUCGUCCCCACAACUUCCUCGGAAACCGUAUCCCAGUCAUCGACCACCGACGACGGCAGCUCGACGACAUCCACCACAAGUUCUUCUUCGAGCUCAACAACAAUCGACCCCACAACAACAGAGCUUCCGUUCAGUUGCGAUCUGACCGGUCGUUAUCCGCACAGUUCCGACUGCCACAAAUACCACCUUUGCGUGGUGCUUCCGUUCUUCAACUACGACACGGUGGGGACCUGUCUGUUCGGCACGGUGUUCGAUCCCGACUCACAAAGAUGCACAGCUGAUCAGAACAAGUGCCAACUGCAGCCGCAAUCGUUCAACUGUACGUCAGCCGGACGCUUUCCGGACCCAUCGGACUCGACCAGAUAUUUUUGGUGCCGCUGGAAUGCGUUCAGCUCGAGCUACGAACUUAUCAAAAUGAAAUGUCCUUUCGGAAUUACAUUCGAUGCCAGCAAGGCGAAAUGUUCAGGAUUUUUCGGAAAUGAUUAAUUUCACAGACAAGUUCCGUUUACCUCAUGCUGAUGAUAAUAAAUAAUUUUCAAUUUA